AUGUCUAUGCCAUUAGUCUUCACCUCCACCGAGGAAGUAGUCACUCCUCAGAAAUGGUACGCUGACCUGAGCCAAAACGCCUCUGCCUACAGCAACUGCUUCGUCCGACGAAUCACGCACGUCAAGAACCUAAACUCCGACGUGCUACACGAGUACCUCCAAAUCAUCUUCGAAGAUGUUGGCUCCAGCUCCAAGGACCGGACUCGUGUGCUGGCGGAGCGCCAAACGAAACAAGACCAAGUCAUCAUUGGCAUGUGGUCGUUUGGUGCUAAGCCGUCGGUCAAGUCGUUGAUGAGCUCCAGCUCGGGGAGCUCGAGUUCCGGUUCGGGCCUUUUCAAGCGACUUGCGUCGUUCUUCGGGUCUUCCUCUUCGUCAUCUUCGUCGUCCUCGUCGUCCAAGGGCCUCCUCCCUCUGCAGCUGUAUUCGCUGACUUUUGACGACAACAACCUCAACGUCAUUGGCCUGGCUGAUAUCAUGCGAGCCACCAGCGACAGGAUGGGUAGCUAUAACCUACUAACUAGAAACUGCUACGUCUUUGCAAAAUCCGUCUAUGAGACGGCAAUGCAAAAAUACCAGUGUCAGCAGAAUUCCUGGAAAUUCUCCUCCCUUCGGGGAACUAUACCAUGGCUGCAUGCGAAAACCGAGGAAAUGAAGCAAACGGCAGGGGAAUUCGACCAACAGCUCAAGAGCGAUUUCCAAUGGGCCCCGACGGCAGACGAGGUCGAGGAUUCGCUGGGCGUGUUGUAUACAGCUGCCGUCGAGUUCCUUCGUCAAGAUGGAGUCGAGCUGACGGAUGAAGAAAGCGAGGAACUGAUCAAAUACUGCAAGCUGAAAGAUCUCGCAGACCGUUCCACAGAGACUUCUCUGGCAGGCGCGAGUGCCAACGUCAAAGAGUUGGACGAAUCGUUCAAAGAUUUGGCCGACAAGGUGCUUGAUGAGCCACGCAAAGAUGACCUCCUGGCUAUAUACCAGCGAUACAACGAGAAUGCGCCGCCGGUAAUCGCCGCAGAAUCAUCAGCCGAGCCGCCGCCUGGCUUCAAGGUGCACAGAGUCUCGGACGAGCUGUGGCAGCAAGGAGAGGAUGCCAUCAAGAUACUUGUAGGGAGUAUCUUGGAAGAACUCGAGGAAAAGGACUCCAAUAAGUGA